AUCACAGGGAAAAAACACCCGAGAAGACACAUACACGCUGGAGAGAGUUUGUGGAGGAAAUUAUUUUUAAUUUCAAAUCAACGCUUCUGGAUUCAGUAGCAGGUGCUUCAGCUCCGGGAGAAAAAGGCAUAGCUGAAAGAAAAAAGAAAGAAGAUUGACAAAGCAGAGAUUAAAGGCCAAUUUGAACCAAGAGGAGAUAAAGGACAUACAAAGGAGUAUCUGGGUGCACAAUGGCGUCUUUUGGACUCGAGCUGACCGGCAUCAUUCUAUCAGUGCUGGGCUGGGUGCUGAGUGUGGUCAGUUGCGCCCUGCCUAUGUGGAGGGUCUCAGCCUUCAUUGGCGCUAACAUUGUCACCGCUCAGAAGUACUGGGAAGGCCUGUGGAUGAAUUGUGUGUUUCAGAGCACAGGGCAGAUGCAGUGUAAGGUCUAUAACUCCAUGCUCGCUUUGCCUCAGGACCUGCAGGCCGCCAGGGCACUCACUGUCGUCUCCAUCCUCAUCGGGCUGCUGGCACUCCUCAUAUCCAUGGUGGGAGCCAAGUGCACCAACUGCACUGAGGAAGAGGCCGUCAAAGCCAGAGUGAUGGCCGCCUCUGGAGGGGCCUUCAUAACAGCAGGGCUGUCCCUACUGGUGCCCGUUUCCUGGUCUGCACACACCAUCGUAGUUGAGUUCUACAGUCCGCUCAUCCUCGAAGGACAGAAAAUGGAGAUUGGGGCAGCUCUGUAUCUGGGAUGGGCCGCCGCAGCCCUGCUGCUUAUCGGAGGGUCCAUUCUCUGCUGCAGCUGCCCUCCACGGGAAGAGAAACAAAUGAAGUACAGCAUACACCCCCAAAGUCGUAUAGCAUACUCUGCUGCUCCGAGGUCAACGGCUCAAAGCUCCUACCACAGAAGGGACUAUGUCUAAAGAGAACUAGUCCUAGGGACUGGGAUGGAUCGUAACCUCCUUCAUAUCAUGUAUCCUGUAUUUUUGUACAUUAUUAGGACAGAAAUGUAGCUCAGUAGUAAUCACGUUGGUUGAGUGUUGCCAAUACAGUAGUUUCCGAGAAAAGGAUAAAAACAGAACCCGUUGUAGAUAUUUAUGACACUUCUGAAUGGAUUUAGAAACUCUUCGCUGUUGUCUUGAUGAUACUGUUUACACAAAGAUAUUGGUCCAACAACGAAGAGAGGGAAAAAAAUAUCCAAAUUUAAAAGGACGCAAAAAGAUGAUGGUAAAAGAUAAAGUGGUUUACUGCAUUUGUGGUGUGGUUUACUCUCAUCAAGUCGUCAUUGUAUCCCAGAGAAAAACUGUUAUUUUAUAUAUAUAUUUUUUUCUUUUUACAUUUGGAUCUAUGAGGAUGUUUGUCAUUGUACUGAUCAGUGUGUACAUAUUUAGUAUCAUCAGAGUAAAUAGAGUCACUGUUGUAAUGUGUUUUUUUUUUUUUUUUUACAAUAUAUUUUUUAUGUUCUUAUAAAAUACAGAUGCAGAAUCACACAACAUUAUACAGCCAAAUACAACAGAGCUCUCUAUGUGCACCAGAGGCAGGUCAAAAUGGCGGAGUGAACCAUAAAAUGAAGGGAGGACGUCAAUAUUUGGUUAGAAUGAUAUGCGAGGGCUUUUAUUGGUUUCAUCUCUAUCGCAUCUCAGCCUUUUAAGGUUUAUGUGUUCUGACGUUUCCUACAGCAGUUGACUUUUGUUUUUGUUGUCGUUGUAACAUAUCUUUUAAUUUUUUUUGUAUUGACCUUUUCUGUUCUUCUGCCACAUACUGUAUUUUACGAUUUCAUGAAUGCUUUAAAAGAAUGCAUGUGAGGCAUAUAACUGCAAAUGUUUUGUUUUUAGAUCUGCUGAUGCGAUUAAAAUGAAGUGAAAUCAAAAUGAAUAAAUAUUCCUAUCGUGAAACAUUA